UUAAGACCUCGUGUGGAGUCGCUGGAGGCAACGACUGCAGGUAUUAAGGCUCAUCAAGAUAAUAGAUUGCGAAGGAAAGAAUGAAGAAGGAAGAAGAACGUGUGAAGAAAGAGAAGGAAGAGGAACGGAGACUUCUAGAGAAGAAGGCACGAGAAGAUUUUCAGGCCGAGAUGAGGAGUGAGAUCGGAAGCAAGUUAGAUUCGGUUCGUGAACUGCUGGAGAGUAAGAAAGGGAAUGAAGAAGAUGAAGUUGUUAAGUUGCGCAUCGAGAUCGAAGGGUUACGGAACACGCUACGUGCUGGUCAAGGCGCAUCUACCUCCGAGAGCACCUUUGACAAGUACAAACGGGAACUUGAAGAGGAGAAGGCGAGAUCAGAUCGACGACUCGCCGCCAUGGAAGAAGAAAUUGCGAGGUUCCGAACAGUUAAUGAAGAAGUCAAUGCCGCUGCUGACGUGUGGAAGAAUGAAGCACUUCGGUCGGGGAACAGACGAGGCAGUGUAGUAGUCACUGCAACGCCAGCACCUGGAACCAGAACUCAUGCUCGAACGGAGACGAUGUUCUCGCCGGCGGUUGAGGAUCUCAAGCUUAAAGAAAGGGUGGAACAUCAAGAACGUGAAAUCGAGCUCUUAAAGGAAUGGCGAUUACUAAACUGAACGGAAGGCGCCAGGCGGAGCAGGAGGUUGACCGCUUAAAAAAAAAUGGUGCAGCUCCUCGUAGAACGUAAGACUCCUAUGGCAUCCAACUU